AAACAACCCCGUCAUAUCCUCUCUCCCACAAUGGCCACCGGGACGACUUGCGCAGCCGCUUCAAGACUAAUCUCAAACACCAUUCAACUUGGAGCACGAGAUUGCACAUCCUUGUCCGGCAGUAGAUGGCAAUCGACACCAUCUCGCGCCUUGCGAACACAAACAUCUUCCAUUUCUACCACAUCUCUAUCCUCCUCUCGUAGGAUAUGCUCUUCAGCACAAGCAUCACAUAGCGCCACUUCAUGCGCGUUCCGACCAGCACCUCGGAAACAUAUCAUAUCACCACCCCGACGGACGUUUGCUUCGUCUACUAUCCAACGCCAUGGAGACAUCACCCCUCCGAAACCUGGGGAAGAGCGCAAAGUGACGUUCGUUGACAAAGAAGGGCGGGACUGGACAUUUGAGGUGGCAGAUGGGGACAAUUUGCUAGACAUUGCUCAGGCCAAUGAUCUAGAAAUGGAGGGUGCUUGUGGAGGGAGUUGUGCGUGCAGCACGUGUCAUGUCAUUGUGGCUGAUGAUGCCAUGUACGAUAAGAUGGAAGAACCUUCAGACGACGAAAACGACAUGCUGGAUCUCGCUUUUGGUCUGACAGAAACGAGUAGACUGGGUUGUCAAGUUGUAAUGUCCAAGGAGCUCGAUGGGCUGGUCGUCAAGUUACCUUCCAUGACGAGAAAUCUGCAAGCCUCGGACUUUGCGGAGAAGAAGUAGUAGUAAGAAGGUAGUAGAGAACUGGCAUGUACUAAUCACGAACAUUCAUGUAUAGAUGCAAAGCGCGAAAAAGUAUAGCGUGGAUUGCAAGUCAGAAGAAGUUGUACUGUACAGUGCGACAAUACCAACGACUGUACGGCCGAGCGCGGCGGCAAUGAGGUUGACGAGUCC